CCUAAUCUUGAGUUACCCCAUGAAGCUUGGCUGUGAACGUUAUAUGUGGCGUUGGAUCAGACGAGUUUCAGGCUCAGGAGUCCAACACGGUUUAGAGGAAAGGCUCCGUCGUUGCCUGUCUGAAAGUGCACUGGGACAUGUGAAAGGGAUUAUACUAGAGGACAUAAUAGAACAUAUAAUCAAUGGGGAUAGCAUAAUCUCCGAACAAGUGCCACCACCCAUCCUUGACUUAUCUUAUCGGCUUGCUGUUGACCAACUGGUUCAAUUUUUAUCAUAUUCUUAUGACCACUUUAAGCUGAGUAUGCCUGUUGUGGAGUUCUUAACGAGAAAUGAUUUAGAAAAACGAACUGUUGUGGAAGACAUCAAAGAAAAUUUUCAAAUUGGGGAGACAUUUGAGAUUCUCCAAAUCAUUAAUCUCCAUCGGAUCAAUGAAGAGUUUCGAUAUUUUAAUGUUUCAUUGUGGACGGAGGAGACUGAUCUUGUAUUGCGUCGGAGCGAAGGUUACGAUUUUGAAGUUCUAAAGCUUCCAGGGCAAGAUAAAAGUCACAGAAAGUUGAUGCUUCUAGUGGAUGGGGAUGGUGAUAAAAGAGGAGAUCUCCAAAAGGUGUAUAUUCCUCUGGAUAUAAGAUAUUCUAAACAUGCUGUUGUAAUUAUAACAACAGGAUCAUCUACACUCCAAAAUGAUGAAUUGGCUUCCGAGAUGGAUGUUAGAAUCAGGACAGAGGAUCAUGUUCUGCCUUGGGAAGUCUUCUGCAAGAAUGUUGGCAGAGAGCUUUUAUACUCAUCAAGUGCCAUCCAGAGAGUUGCAGUACAGAUCGUUGAGGAGUGUGGUGGCCAUCUUCUUGCCAUUGUCUUCGCGGCAAAGUCGCUGAAACAUGUGGAAGACGUUCAAAUCUGGGAGCAAACUCUGCAAAAGUUACGAUUCAUCGUGGGCUAUCAUAAGCUGAGAAUAAUAUCACGAGUAUUACCUGCCAUUGAAGAAAAGUUUGUAGCAAGUAAUGGCAGCUUGAGAUUUGUGAAUGGUGAGGAUUUUCCCAAUGAAGUAAUGCUCAUUCUUUCUAAAGCAUGGGCAUUUUUUUUGGACCGCCACAUGACCAUCAAGAAUCUAUCUCAAUUCGGGUGGAGCAAUUUGAACCAGCUACGAUUGUGCAUUUUGGCAGAGUGUAAUGAAAUGCAGAGCAUUGUAGAUGGAGAUGAAGACUUAGAGUCCUCCUUUGGUGAGCUGCAAUUCUUGAGUAUAUUCUACAUGAAAAAUCUAACAAGCAUCAUUAAUAGGGAAACACUUGGCAAUUACACUUUUUGUAAGCUAAAGUUCUUAGCAUUGCAUACGUGUACUGAGUUAACCACCAUCUUCACCAAAGACGUGCUUUAUAAUUUUUCUCACUUGGAGGAGCUUAUAGUUGAAGAUUGUCCCAAAGUAAGGAGCAUCAUCACUUACCAAUCCUUAGGGGAGACAACAUCUAUUUUCCUGCCAAGAUUGAGAAAGUUAUCACUUCUCUUUGUACCAGAACUAGUUAGCAUUUCAAGUGGGGUGAGUUUUGGGAGAAACUUAGAGAGGAUAGGAUUUUAUUACUGUCCAAAACUCAAAAGCCUUUCCUCUAAGGAAUUAUUAAGCCAAAAGUUGAAACAUAUCAUGGGAGAAUUUGAAUGGUGGGAUGCACUCACCUGGAGUGAAGCAGAGUGGGGACAAGAAGGACGGCCCGAUAAAUUCAAUCACAUCUUUUUCACAGUUGAUGAGGACCUUGAUAUCUUAACUCAAUUAACUACAUAUGAGGUGGAUGCUGUUGGGAGGACGAGACAGUGAUUCAGCUUCAAAGAAGAUGAAGAAACAAAAAGAAAGGAGAAAAAAAUGGAGGCAAAAGAAGAAUGAAAGGUGCUCACAACAAACCUGAAUCCAUCUUUCUCUUCCAAGUUUCAUUGAUGUGAGACAGAGGCACCUCAACAAUGUGACAGAGGCGAGAUUAAGACAAAGGCUGAGAUAAAGGUGAGAGGGAGGAGAAGCUAAAAUCAUGAGGAGAGGCUAAGAGGGAGAGCAAAUUGCAAGACUGUGUAAGGGAAAGCACCAUGAUCAAGCACCCACAAUGUCACCUGAACUCAAGAAUUAGAGAUCGUGAGACCAAAGGUGAAAGUACCAUGAGUCCUCUGUCGAGGUUGACAGCCAAGAGGGAGGAGAAGCCAAGAUUGUGA